AUGGGUGUGUUGCUUCUACUCGUGCUCGCGGUUGUGCGUGCUGCGUACUCGGAGUCCGCGGGCGUGUCUGCAGCAUCGUCAUGGCGUGCGACGGAAGGGCCUACUCCAGUGGUCGCUACGAGCAGCGAGGGAGCCGUGAAGCACGCGCGAGGGGAGAGUGCGGCGUUCACUGUGCAGACAGCAUGGUCAUCGAAUGAUUACGUUCUCACCUCCAUGGCGCCGCUGCCAGAUGGCCGCCACGUGGCAGUCGCGGAUAAGACCAAGCACAUCAUCCUUAAAAUCGAGCUGCCUCUCAACGCGACGUCCGCGGUGACUGUGCUGGCAGGGAAGAACGGCUCUAAGGGCUGGCAGGACGGGCGGGGGAAGGGGGCGUUAUUCAACACGCCAACGCACCUGGCGGAUGAUUGCCGGGGAACCUCUUUGUGGUGGAUCAGGGCAACAGCUACCUGCGCGUCGUCUCCCCACAGGUUCCUUUUCCUUAUCCAUGCACCCCCUGCCCCUCUCCCCCCUCUUCUCUCUGCUUGCCUCCCAGGCGAUGUCACCACCAUCCGCAGUAGCAGUGCGUCUCAUGUCGCCUCUUCACAAUCGCCAUUCAUGCACAGCACCCAUGCACCCGCCACCACCAGCACCACCCUUCCACCGAAUCACCCCCUCCGUGCACUCCUGGCACGCACUCUCCACAGCGGAAACGCACCUGUUGAGCCGACUCAAAAGCCAUCUCACAUGCAGCAUAGCGGCGAUGAAUCACCAUCCGCACCUCCACACGGCAGCGUCAGCGAGGAUCAGCCGUUGCACUUCCACUCCAAACCUCACCAUCCGGAUCCAGUCAAACUGGGGAGUGGCGUGUCGGGCAUGUGGUAUAACGCCAGUAGCGGGGUGCUUUAUGUUGUGGAAACAGGCAGUCAUAGGAUCGCUGCCUUUGCACCUGCUCCUGCUGCUGUUGCUGGGAAUGCUGCUGGUUACGUAGCUGUGACAAUGGAGGCUGCUGCGGGGGCUGGUGCUACUGGCAGUGGAGUCUCGUUUGGGGAUGCUAUAGGGAUCCCUGGGUGCUUGUGCAAUGCGAAGAACAGCUCGGGAGGAGGAGGAGGGCAGGAUGCUCCGUCGUCCUCCCCAUGGCAUGCGACGUGGCGAGAUGGGGAGGUGGCAGGGGGUGCGUUUGCAGCCGGUGUGCUUUGUGCUCACGGCAAGCCGCUUCUCACAGCAGCAGCUGCUGGCACGUCCCAUCUAAACCAUCACCCAUCCCUCUUCUCAUCCCCUCUACUAUCAUCCCCCCCACCCCACUCUCCACCGCCCUCUGUGUCUGUCAUACAGCUGGGCUCUGCGCUGUCUCUUGUCAUCCAUCGCAUCGCAUCCACAGCGCUUGCAGUGCUGCUGCUGCUCUUCUCCCUCCCCACUCGCUUCAUGCAGCAACCGCUGAGUACUGAGCCUGACAACACCAGCAGCAGCAGCAGCAGCAGCAGCGGCGGCACCAGCACCGCGCAAGGGCCCCUUGUCUUGCACGCUUCCACCCAGCAGCAGGGAGGAGGAGGGGGGCAGCGGGAAGAGGAGGGGGGUAUACCCCCCAAGGCCACGCUUCUAUCGUUUGUAUGGCCCCUAAAUUCAUCUUCAGCAAGCCGUGAGGCCCCUGCUGCAGCGGAGGAGAAUGAGGAGAGUGGGCUUCUGAUCAGCUUCUCAGAUAAAGAGGAUGCUGUGGGGGGUGGCAAAGCAGAUGCUAGUCCAUCCAUUACCAGUCAACAUGCUCCUGGUGCUCCCCUUGACAUCUUGCAGUUGCAGAGCAGUGCAGAAAUGCCUGUUUCGAUUGCUGCAGCUGCUGGUGCUGUCUGUGGUGCGACUGGUAGCAGUGUUGAUUCCACAGCAAGGGUCAUGACAGGCAAGGAAUUCGAUCGUGCUGUUGCCUCAGGCGAUGCUGCUGCUGCUGCUGCCUCUGCUGCUGGAAGCACAGCUGGUGCAACGUUGGGAAGCAAGAGGGAUGGCACUGCUGCUUCAUCUUUUGCUGCUGGUCAAUCCCUCCCUACAGUGACUGGAUCUGCUCCUGCUGAUGCUUUUAGCGACCUUGUAGGUAAAUGGGCAGGCGGUGCACAUUUGGGUGAGGGAGAAAAGAGAGACACCAGGCGUGAUGUUUCAUCCUAG